AUGACAUAUUCACACCACAAGAGAUCAGUCAACUUCGACCCAAAUGUCACACCAGCGGUCGAGACUAUUAGCCUUGAUGAUUAUACAUCCCGCGAGAUCGCAGCAACGUGGUACGACGAGGAAGAAAUGGCUAACAUCACACGACGCUGUGUCAGAAUCCUCAAGAGAAUGGAAACCAAUGAGCUCAAACACGGUGGCAAAAAUUACUGUACUCGUGGCCUUGAGGGUCAUACCACACUGGGCUCCAUCAACAAGAGGAGGAGCAGAUCGGCCGGAGUCGCAGCAGUACUCGAAGAACAAGCCCGACAGUGGGACGAAAGCACAGAGGCGGAUACGCAAGCCAUUGCUGAUGCCUACACAAGAACGACAUCGAGUUGCCAAAUGUGGGCUCGCGUCAUGGGCAAUCGUGACCAAGUGGCGGCUGAACCAUUCCUCUACCUAGAUGAUGACGAGGACUGCAAAGGAGCUGUCGCUAUAUCGGCAACUGCACCAUCUUCAACCAAAUCAAGAAUAGAGCUCAGUCUUGCGAGCCCUCAUCAAAUGGGACUGAGAUCAGAUAAAAGUAUUGUUGGUGAGCUUGUUGCGCCACUAGCAGUAAGAGCGGCGGCUGCGUAG